GAAGAAAUGGAUGGUUGCUAAAUGUGAUGUUAUAGCUUCAGGUGUUGGAGAGGAGCAGUGGAAAGGCGUUGCCUAAGAGAAGUUGGGAUGCGGGAUAAGGUGGCUAUCUCUUUGAGACCACACUGGGAGGGGAUGCAUGUCUGAGAUUGGAGAGAAAACAUUAAUAGGCUGAUAGUGGGAGUCAGGGAGGAGGCAGCAGUGGUACUGAUGCCCGGAUGUAAAUAAAGAGGUAACUUCUGGGAUGAGGCUGCUGGUAUAGAAAGGAUUCAGGGAAGAGAAAAGAAUAGGAUUUAGGGAAAAACCUAAGCAGCAGCCUGUACUUAGAGCAGGAGAAGCUGCCAGACAUUGCAGAGGCCCAGCUGGAAAGAUCAGCAAAGCAAGUGCCUCUGCUGAGUUCCCACGGGUCUCUGGGAUGUGGCUGGCCUGUCAGUGCCUGUUCCCUCACGGGUACUCUGUAGAGAAGGUCUCAGGGGCAAACAACACAACAUACAGUAAGUACUCAGUAAGCAUUCGCUGCCACUGUCUGUCCUUAUUCCAGAUGCCUCACACUGUUCCUUCCCUAGGGACAGACACUGACCUGAGACCUGAUCUGGUACUCCUGAUGAGACCCACUGUGCUGGGUUCCCCAGGCCGUGCACCCCCAGAAAAUGAGCCUGUUGUGGUGAAGCUGGAGGACACUGAAGAGGAGAGAGAAGGCAGUCUGUGGGACCCGGGCCCUGAGGCUGCACGUCUACGCUUCCGGUGCUUCCGUUACCAGGAGGCAAUUGGCCCUCAGGAAGCCCUGGCCCAGCUCCGAGAGUUGUGUCACCAGUGGCUCCGCCCAGAGGUACACUCCAAGGAACAGAUGCUGGAACUCUUGGUGUUGGAACAGUUUCUAGGUGCACUGCCUCCUGAGAUACAGGCCCAUGUGCAAGGGCAGUGGCCAGGCAGCCCUGAAGAGGCUGCUGCCUUGGUUGACAGACUUCGAUGGGAGCUGGAUGGACCUCGGAAAUGGGUCACAGUCCAGGUACAGGGAAAGGAGAUCCUAUCAGAAAAGAUGGAACCCUCCAGCUUCCAGCCUAUACCUCACAUCAAGCUCCGGACUCCAGAGCCUGGGGCUGAAACUCCCCCUGAGGCCAUGCAGGAAUUGCCAGUGAACCUUCAAAUGAAAGAGGAGACAGAGGUGAUGGAGAAUCCAGAACUCCUGGAUUCUGGGCCUCUUCCUGCUGCCCAAGAGGCUACAGCUGCUCUCCUACCUAAGGAGGCCCAGGGCCAUGGGACAGCACUGGACCAGACCUCUCCUCACAGCGACACUGAGCCUGAUGUGGCCCCAUGGAGUGAGGACCCUGUAGCCCUGUGGCAAGAGGAAGUAGGGGGCAUCUUCUCACCAGGGUUUGCGCUUCAGAUGGACACGGCAGAGCCAGAAACGGUGAGCCCCCACCUCCAUGUUCCCUGGGAUCUCGACAUGGCUAGCCUCUCUGGACAGAUGCAGUCCCCCUCCCGAGAAGGUGGCUUUGCCCAUGCCCUCGUGCUCCCCAGCAACCCGGGAGGUGAACAGGACCCUGCCUGCGAGAAUCCCUGCCACGGUAUGGGCCCAGCACUGGUGGCGACUCGCAGGCAUGCCCCAAAGGGCCAGAGCCGGGGCCGCCCUAGUACCGGGACCGGAGCGGUGCGAGGCGGCCGCUGUGACGUGUGUGACAAGGUAUUCAGUCAGCGAAGCAAUCUGCUGCGGCACCAGAAGAUCCACACAGGCGAGCGACCGUUCGUGUGUGGCGAGUGCGGCCGCAGCUUCAGUCGCAGCUCUCACCUGCUGCGCCACCAGCUCACACAUACCGAGGAACGGCCUUUCGUGUGCCGUGACUGUGGCCAGGGCUUCGUGCGCAGCGCGCGCCUGGAAGAGCACCGGCGAGUGCACACUGGUGAGCAGCCGUUCUGCUGCGCAGAGUGCGGCCAGAGCUUUCGGCAGCGCUCCAACCUACUACAGCACCAGCGCAUCCACGGUGACCCGCCCGGCCCAGCGCCACUCACCCUGCCCCUCCCGGGAGUUCCCGAGCCCCCGGGCCCCUUCCCGUGCAGCGAGUGCUGUGAGAGUUUCCCACGCCGUGCCGUGCUGCUAGAGCACCAGGCGGUGCACACUGGGGACAAGUCCUUCGGAUGCGUGGAGUGCGGCGAGCGCUUUGGCCGCCGCUCGGUGCUGCUGCAGCACCGGCGCGUGCACAGCGGCGAACGGCCCUUCGCCUGUGCCGAGUGCGGCCAGAGCUUCCGGCAGCGCUCCAACCUCACCCAGCACCGGCGUAUCCAUACCGGCGAGCGGCCCUUCGCCUGCGCCGAGUGUGGCAAAGCCUUCCGCCAACGGCCCACACUCACGCAGCACCUGCGUGUGCACACAGGCGAGAAGCCCUUCGCCUGCCCCGAGUGUGGCCAGCGCUUCAGCCAGAGACUCAAGCUCACGCGCCACCAGAGGACCCACACGGGCGAGAAGCCCUACCACUGCGGUGAGUGCGGCCUCGGCUUUACGCAGGUGUCCCGGCUCACUGAACACCAGCGCAUCCACACAGGUGAGCGUCCUUUCACUUGCCCCGAGUGCGGCCAGAGCUUCCGGCAGCAUGCCAACCUCACCCAGCACCGGCGCAUCCACACGGGCGAGCGGCCCUACUCGUGCCCCGAGUGUGGCAAAACCUUCCGCCAGCGGCCCACGCUCACGCAGCACCUGCGCACCCACCGGCACGAAAAGCCCUUCGCCUGCCAGGACUGUGGCCGCCGCUUCCACCAGAGCACCAAGCUCAUUCAGCACCAGCGUGUGCACAACACUGAGUAG